UGAUUUAUCCGAGCUGAAUUUGCUUACGACAUGCAUACAGAAUCGCGAACUGCACGGAAAGUACUAACGCUGUUUGCUUGAUAAUUAUUGGUGCAGCGCAUGGGAUUAUUUGGAUGUGUUCGCAGAGAUUUUACUGCAAAAGAAAAUCCCGUUAUUUUUGGGACAUUAUGUUUCGCGCCGUUGAGAAAAUGACGUACGCACCAGCUUGUCCCGUAAUUUCUAUCGCACUAAUACAGAGAUUAAGUAUUUGACCAGCUAAUUACGUGAUGUAGCUGUACCUUUGCGAUACAAAUUACGGGACAAGCUUGAACAGGCUUUACAUGAAAAACUUUAUGUUUGGAAAUAUCAUGCAUGAGUGGCCGUAUGGACUCCGAGGAUUUACAGUAUACUAUCGCAACACCGCAUCUGCAUGUUAGAUGUUAGACAGCGGUAGAAACGAGAAGCACCUGUUCCGAGAGUGAAUCCAGAAUCGAGGGAAUCGAGGAAUCGAGGGAAUCGAGGGAAUCGAGGUUGACCGCACACAGUGUUCGCCUCCCAAAAUGAGAAUUUUCCAAACACAUUAAUUUCUAACCAGUAAUUGCGCUGGUUUAAAUUUUACGUGGGUUUAAUAACCGCACCCUUAAAAAUCCUGCAAGACAGGACUUGGUAGGUUUUCCUUGAUCCAGCAGUUCCGAGAUGAUUUCCAAGUUCUCCAGUACAACUGCAUCGAAAGGAGUUUGAUUGACCACACCUUAAUUAAAAACCGGCUUUUUGCCUCCAUUAUUCCUGACAAAGGGUGCUUAAUGAACGACUCCGGAUUUCCUGUCUAAAGAGCAGCCAAAUGAUGAUUGCCGGGAGACAGAUUAGCUAGCUGGACAUACGGAUUUGUAGACUUACAUGUAUAUUAUGCCGCUUGUGUAGCUCAAGUAUCGCUACUUCGUUUUGCUUUCUGUAUCUACUGUCUAACUAUGCAGCAUGAAGUAACACUAUGAAUAAUGUACAGCAUGCAGUAACUUUAUUCGUCUGCUAUUAACAAAUCGUUUUAUUGUGCAAGUAUUCUAGAAUGAUGUAUGACAGAAGAGUAUUCUUGGACGCUUUUAUAUCUCCGAAAUAAAACAACCAGCUAUACGUUCCACAUGAAGAAAACCCGCGCCAUAAAGCCAUAUUAGUAGACAGUAGACACAAGAAGGUGUCCUGCGGCGAGGGCCAUAAAGAGCAGUCGUUCUUGCCGACCACGAUCAAUCUUUCAAGACAUUACCAUCCUGCUGCAUGCUGCACAGUAUCACCUCAUCAAAAACUUUCAUUUAGCUUCAGAUCCGCGUUCUUGUAAAGCAGCUUAUUAUCAACUUUCAAGCUGCUGUAUUCUUGAUCGCAAGCACAACAAUUCGCGAAACUAUCGGGUAUGCAUAUUCGGAUUGCACUUCGUAAUCCGACAAAUGGAUGCCACGCUCAAAAUCACACCGGUUCCGUCGCCGAAACAGGCCGCACGGGGUCACGCCGCCCGGCCCUGGACGGAUUCGGAGGCCAUGGCGCUCAGUGCGCAUCGCAUCGCCGAGGCCAUUCCCAACGGGGUGCGGCGGACGCCCAUUCGCUCCCCGAAAGUCUCCAUUCAUAUGCAGGCGGCCUCGCAUCUGCAAGCGGUAGACCGGCUCUCCGAACGCCGCGAUGAAGCUCGGAAAGAAGAACGCCAGGAGGAACGCGGAGAGCCGGUGAAGAGUGAAGUCACGUUCGAUAUCAUGGAAAACGAUACGGAAGCCGAGACGGACGAUCUGGGUCCGUUACCGACCAUUACCAAUCACCGUGUCAGCACCGUCGGCGAUGGGGAGGUGCGCACGCGCAAGAUCAGUAUCGGCUUCGACCCCACCGAGGCCAUCCCCACCGUCGUCAACUACGACCAGCUCCACACCACCCGGGUGCGGCCUACGAUCGAGGAGCUCAUCAGCGGCGAGGUAAAACCGGAAGAAGCCGAGUCGGCGCCGGUGGCCGCCAAGAAACGGGGCCAACUCGGAUGGAUACGCGGUGUUUUUUUAUGGUCCAUUUUGAAUUUAUGGGGUGUCAUGCUCUUUCUGCGGAUCGCAUGGAUGAACGCACAAGCCGGCAUGGGAUUAUUCCUCGUGAUCGUGCUAAUCGGCUCGACUAUCGCCAUUCUGACGUCCCUGUCCACGUCAGCCAUCAGCACUAACGGAGAAAUCGGAAGUGGUGGAACGUAUUAUAUGAUUUCCAGGAGUUUAGGCCCGGAAUUCGGCACCGCCAUUGGAAUUAUUUUCACAUUGGCCAACACCGUCAAUGUCUCGCUGAAUCUGCAGGGAUUCGCGGAGACGGUCGCUAACCUGCUGGGCGAGAACGGCCUGUACAUGGUGGACCGGGCUAAUGAUAUGCGGAUUAUCGGUGUGAUCGCGCUGAUUGCUCUGACACUGUUUACAUUUUGCGGAAUGGAGCUGGCUUCCAAACUGCAAUCGGUCUUCUUCGUCAUUCUUCUAGCCGCCAUCCUCAACAUCUUCAUCGGCUGCUGGAUCCCGCCCAACGAUGCCGAACGGGCGCGGGGCUUUGUCGGGCCGUCCAGUCAGCUGUUCGCCGACAACUUCAAACCGGCAUUCCAGAAGAACGAGACGUUCAUGAGCGUCUUCGGGGUGUUCUUCCCCUCGGUGACCGGCAUCCUGGCCGGCACCUCCAUCACCGGGGAUCUGCGCGAUCCCUCGGGCGCCAUUCCCAAGGGCACCAUUUAUGCCAUUAUCUUUACGUCUAUUAGCUAUAUUUUUGUGGGCUGGCCUACGGUGGCGGUGACGCUACGUCACGCCAGUGGCAAUAUCUCGGAUUUGAUCUAUCUCAACCACUCCAGUCCGCAUUUCCCGUGCGAAGCGAGCGCGACUUGUACAGAAGGAAACAUUGACAACUACGAUAUUAUGCAGGUUGUGGCGCACUUCCGGUGGAUUAUCGUGUGCGGCAUUUUUGCGGCGACACUGAGUACUUCCCUGGGAUGUAUCGUUUUUGCACCAAAGAUCUUCCAAGCUGUCUGCCGGGAUAAAAUUCUCCCGGGUUUUAAAUUUUUCGCCAAAGGUUACGGCCGUAAUGAUGAGCCGUACCGGGCGUACGCGCUGGGAACGGUGAUUGCUGUGGCUUUCCUCAUGCCUUCGGAUCUGAACUUUAUCUCAGCGAUUGUGUCCAAUUUCUUCCUACUGACUUACGCACUGGUCAAUUAUGCCACGUUUAAUGCAUCCUUCUCACGACAACCAGGCUGGCGACCCACGUUUAAAUAUUACAAUCUGUGGCUCAGUCUGGCUACCGGCAUCGCCUGCUUGGUCAUCAUGUUCCUCAUUCACUGGAUAUCGGCCAUUUUAUCCAUUGCCUUAAUCGUGAUUGUAUGGAUCUGCGUGUAUUACCUAAAACCAGCGGCCAACUGGGGAACCUCCUUAGAAGCCGGUAUCUUCCGCAACGCCCUGGUGGACGCCCUAAAACUCCUCCACGUCCAGGAACACAUCAAGAACUACCGUCCGCAGAUCCUGGCGCUGACCGGACUGCCGCCCGUGCGGCCGGCGCUGGUGUACUUCGCCAACAGUAUCUGCCAUUCUACCGGACUUCUAAUCUGCGGUCACGUCUUAAUCGAUGAAUCCCCGCAACAGCGCCGCACGGUGCAGCAGGAAACCUACAAAUGGCUGCGGCGUACCCACGUCAAGUCCUUCUACGAUAGUAUCGUGGCGGCGAGUUUCGCGGACGGCGCUAAAGCGCUGAUCCAGACAUCGGGGUUGGGCAAGAUGAAGCCGAAUAUCCUCUUCAUGGGAUACUACCGGCAGUGGGCGACGAAGUACGCGGAAGGGCUGACCGAAGAGUACGUCUCGGUGAUCCGCAGUGCCUUCGAGAACCGGCUGGCUGUGAUGAUUUUGUGCGCCAAAGAGGGCUUUGGCAUCUCGGAAGCGGUGAAUUUCGACCAGUUGGUGCUGCAGAACGCCUUGACCCGGGUGGCUACCGAGGACAACGUUCUGGAUCGAAGCGGAAAAGCGGCCGAGCGCACCAUCGACAACGUAACGGUGGAGGUGAAAGACGUAAAGAAUCCCGAGAUGCUGGCCCGGAUUGAGCUGUCCAAGCGCUUUGAAGCUGGCAAGAAAAAAAUCAUUCUCGGGGAGAUCCAUGUGUGGUGGCUGUACGACGACGGAGGGUUGGGAUUGCUGCUGCCGUAUCUGUUAACCCAGUCGUCGCCGUGGCGCGGCUGUAAGCUAAAGGUCUUCUGCCUGCCGGCCAAGCCGAAGGAGGAUGCUUCGGAAGCUCCCACGGAGGAGCAAAUUAAGAGCAAUAUGCGGGCAUUGUUGGAUAAGUUCCGCAUUGAAGCGUUGGAUGUUGUGCCGGUGGAUCUGGACAUUGCGCCAAGUGCUGCUAAUAUGCAGUGGUUCCAGAAGAUAAUCGAAGAGAACACACGUGAAAGAAGGAAGAGCGUCCACAGCAUUAUCCAUGACCGCCGAGAUCCUCUCAAUAAGCACUUCAGCAUGGUUGACCUUAAGGAAAAAACCAAGCGACAUAUACGUCUACGCGAUUUGCUCCUGGAGCACUCAGCCAAGUCGGCCUUGAACGUGGUGACAUUGCCGCUUCCCAAGAAGGACCAAACAGCGCCCUUGUACAUGGCCACCCUGGAGACCCUCACCGCUGACCUCCCGCCGACUCUUCUCGUUCGCGGCACUCAGGAAAAUGUGCUCACUUAUUAUUGUUAAAAUUUAUCAAAGAAUCCAUAUAAUUAUUGAUUCUAAGUUAAUCCAUAAGAUAUUCUAACUUAGACGUUUAGAAAAAAAAAGUUCAUUAUUUUAUUACGUACUUCUGUCACCUUUUGCCUGUUGCAGCUGCAUUGCUUGCGGUUGGGUAACUGCAGAAAUUUAAAAGUAAAAUAUUUUGUCGGCAGCAUGCAGACCAUUGCAUCUUUUGUUGUUGAUGUGGAUAAGAAUUUUCGAUAA